GUUUUGGGGUGAUUCCUCCAGUGACUAAGACAUCUUGCUUUGACCCGAACACUGGGGCCGUCAGUCCCCUGGUGGGCGGUCCGUCCCCUUGGUUAACCGAAGCUACGAACGACCACAACGCAUCUACGAGCCGGCAAACGGGUGGUCCAUCAGGACGGUCCAACCAGGACGAUCCACCAGGACCGCCGUCCACCCCACCGCGUCCUGCAGAUGCCAUGCUCUUGACCCUCCUUCUAACGUUCAGCAUCGAUGCGGCGGUGGUGCCUCUGGGAGAUAUGCCUUCUUGUAAAGGGCGAUGUGGUCUGCUGCAGCCGGGCCAAUCCUGUCAAUGCACCAGUUGGUGUAAGGAAUUUGAGAACUGCUGUAAGGAUUAUUACCUGUGUCAUCAACAUGGUGGGGCUGCGAGAGCAACCCUGCCCCCGAUGACUCUGCCACCCACCACCCUGCCACCAACCACCCUGCCACCGACCACAUUGCCACCUACCACGCUACCACCCACCACUUUACCACCCACCACAUUACCACCGACCACCCUCCCCCCGACCACCUUGCCUCCCACAACACUGCCACCCACAACGCUGCCACCGACCACCCUUCCCCCCACCACCCUGCCACCCACGACGCUGCCACCGACCACCCUGCCGCCUACGACGUUGCCACCCACUACGUUGCCACCGACCACACUGCCCCCAACCCAACCACCUUCGUCACCACAUAUAGAAGUUCACACUCCAAAGCCGACAGUGACCUUCACCACCUUAACCACCACCAGUUUGACCACUCUGACCACCACCAGCCAGACGACCCUGAGCAGUACGACUCAAAGCAGCACGACGCCAAGCACCACCACGGUCAGCAGUACCACAGUCUCCAGCACUAGCUGGACCACUGUGACGAGCACGACAGUGAGCAGUACCACACGGACCAGCAGUAGCACCACCACUCGCACGACCACGAGCCGGACAACGGUGACCAGCACCAGUAGAACCACGUUGACGAGCACCAGUCUCACCACGGUCACCAGCACCAGCAUCACUACGGUCACCUACACGACGGUCACCUUUGCCCCGCUGAAGGUUGCUGCAUCGGCUGAGGUCCAGAUCGGCGACAUCCAGGUCCGCAGCACCCCACGCUGCCCGGGCGUCGGCCCCAAGUGGGUGCGGCUCACGGUGCGCGGAGUGACGCGGAGCGUGUGGCUCUUGCUGCCGAAGGGCCGUCAGAAGACCCCGCUGUGGCUGGCCUAUCAUGGCACCGACAACGAGGUGGAGCCCUUCUUGAGAUACUCCGGCCUCGCGACCUUUGCCCAGCAACACCGCAUUGGAUUGCUGGCGCCACAGGGCUUACCGGACCAGAGCCACUUCGGGAAGACUCAGUUCAACGUGGGUUUGCAUAGCAAACCCAUGCGUGAAGAGGAGGAACAGGGCAUGCACGAUGUGGCGUUCACCCGAGAGCUUCUCGAGCAGGUGCUGCGCUUGCCGUGCAUCGACCCGAGCCGCGUCCACUGCACCGGCUAUUCCAAUGGUGCUCGCUUCUGUAUGCGGCUGGCAUCCGAAAUGUCAGACAUCAUUGCCUCUGUAGCGCCAGUGUCAGGUUUGCGAUUCCCACAACCGAACCUGGCGCGUCGGCCUGUACCGGUGCUUGCCUUCCAUGGCGAUGCCGAUCCCAUCAAUCCCUUCCCAGGCCAUGGGGCAGACUACUGGCACUCCUCCGUGCCGGAUGCCCUGCAAAAUUGGGCCAAGUUCAAUGGCUGCGGUGCGGCGUCCCUUCCGCCGAACUUCCUGCCACUUGGAGUCCAAUCGCCCGACUUCUCGGUUGCCACGUACGAGCACUGCAAAGACAAUGCCACGGUGCAGCUGUUCCGUUGCAAUGGCGGGGGGCACCAAUGGCCGGACGCCACCUGGGCCAAGCCUGGCCUGGGCAAUGUGGGGAGGCUGGAUGCCAACAGCAUGAUGAAGGAGUUCUUCUCCCAGCACCGUCUUCCUCACGGCUUCCUCAUGGAGGCCCUAAAAUUGAGAAAACGGAAGUUGCUUCAUAGCAGGCCAAGGGCAGGAGCACCCUCUCGGCUAGGACACUGGAACGCCACAGGCCUCUUGGUGGCUGCUGCACUAGCCGCACUGGCGGCGAGCGCCAUGCUGCUGGGCAUCUCUCCAGAGAGUAGGCUUGGCCUUCCAAAGGAGGACUACUGGUGGUACCGGGACCUGCGCCAUGGCCUCAGCAUCCCACGAUGUCGCUACGGCUCGGUGCCCCACGCGGGCUUCGGCCUCGGCUUCGAGCGCCUGGUGAUGCUGGCCACGGGCGUGGGGGAGCUCGGGACCGUGGAACGGACGGUCACGCAGAGUUCUGACGCCAACUUCGACCCCAUUUUCGGCCAGCGGCUGGAGCCCAUUUUCGACCGGCCCAUCUUCGGAUCGUUUUCGCAGCCCAAAAGGAUGCACACGGCACUGGGUGCUUACCAGAAGCUCUCGGAUGAAGUCCAGGAAGCAGGCGACCCGAGAGAAACGCGCGGCUUGCCGGUGCUGUGCUACGUGAUUUUUCUGGGUACCUUCGAGUGGGGGAUGGUCAUCCCCACCUUAUUCCCCUUGCUGCAGCGCAUGGACGCGCCUGCCACGUACUUCGGGCUCAUCAUUGGGACCUUCUCCUUGACCAGGAUGCUUUGCCAACCGUUGGUUGGUGCUUUGGGUGAUCGAUUUGACUUUAAGGUGCUGCUUUGUAGCUGCUUGGCCUGCUCGGCCCUUGGAGGCGCCCUUUAUGCAGUGGCAGAGGCUGCUUGGUUCCUCUUGAUGUCGCGGAUCAUUUGUGGCCUGGGGGCCUCCUGCACUCCGUUGCUCUUCGCCUGGACAGCCCGCGCCUUGCGAGGGCACGAGGCGGUGGCGCAGGCGCAGGUUCAGCUGAACACCUGGCGAAGCUUGGGGACCUUCAUUGGCCCCUUCUCCAGCACGGUGCUGUGCGUGCUGCCCAAGGAGGGGCUCUUCAAUGAGCUCAACUCAGCAGGCUGGGCCAUCGCCUUAGCCAACAUCGUGGGGCUCCUGCUGUGCUUCCGAUGUUUGGAGGACACACCACGACUGCCAGAGGUGGCGUCGGCCGAUCUGGAACAGGCUCAGGCGAAGAGUUCCGCCCUGUGGAGCUCUCCAGUGCUGUGGCUUUGUCUUCUCUUCCAGGUCGUGACCGCCUUGCUCUUGGCCAUCUUGGAAGUGGUCCCUCCCAUCGUGCUCACCACUGAGUUUGGACUACCUCCAGUGGCCACGUCGGUGCUGUUUGGCGUGGUCUCUUUGAUGGUCAUCGGCCUCUUCGCCUUGACUGGAGCCAUGGGCGGCCGAUUCAGCCGACGGAGCCUUAUGUGUGGGGGUGUGGCUGCCAUCGCGCUUGGAGGAGAGGCCUCAAGCUGGGGCCUCCGCUUGUUCACUGAGGCCUUUGUCUUGCCCUGGAUGGUCUUAGCCAUUGCUCCAGCACCGCUGAUCCGCACGCCCGCACGUGCGCUGUACACGAGCCACCUGCCACAACGACUUCAGGGGACGAUGCAAGGCGUGAGCGAGGCAGCCUUCUCCUUCGCCAACUUCCUGGGGCCCAUUCUGGGCUCUCAUAUCGCUGGUUCAGAUGGACUGCGGGGUCUGCGGAUCCUCAUGGUCUCCUUGGUGCUGGUGGAAGCGCUGUUGCUUCUCCUAGGCUUUCGCCGCCUUGUACCUGGCAGCGAGCUGGGGUGA